UUCUAAUUAUUUUAUUUUUUUAAAAGUAGCAACAGCCACUUAUAAUUAAAAAGAAUUGUUUUACCCAAAAAGAAUACACAUGCAGCUCACGGUGCUUUAAAAUGGCUGACCCUGCUUCUUUACCAUGGUUCCAUGGCCGCAUAACAAGAGAUACUGCAGAGAAAUGUCUUCAUAAAACAUCAAUGGAAGAUGGUACAUACCUUCUAAGAGAGAGCACGUCACAGAUAGGCAGCUACGUGUUAUCAGUAUGCAAAGACAGAAAAGUUGUUCAUUAUCAAAUACAGAAACAACCUUCUGGAAUGGUUGGUAUUGCAGAUGGACCGAAGUUUCCGGGACCUGUGGAGCUGGUAAACCACCAUAAAACUAACUUAGAUGGCUUGAUGACAAAGUUGAGUGUGGCUUGCAAUCGAUUGGCUGGGGUUAAAGCGAAGGCAUACAACGAUGUAAGCCAUGAUGAUUUAGAUGAAGCAACUCGAGUUGCUCUUCGUGAUAUCGGUGUUGGAGAGAGUGAAGAAGCUGUGUCAAGGUUCAAAGGUGAUAUUCUGUGUGUCGUUGGGAACAUACUUCACAAAAAACAACCAUGGUUUCACGGAGCAAUACCACGAAAUGAAGCUGAUCGUAGAUUGGAAACGCACAACUUUGAAGAAGGAAUGUAUCUCAUUCGUGAAAGAGGAUCAUAUCGUAACAGUUACGUGUUAGGACUUUGUCACCAGAAAAAAGUUUAUCAUUAUCUGUUUGAACCAAAUGACAAAGGUCAACUAUCGAUUAAAGCUGGCCGCCCUUUUGAUAAUUUAAUGGCGGUUGUUAAUUUUUAUUCACAGAAGAGUGAGGGAUUGUUAUGUACAUUAAAAACGCCAUGCGAUGUUCGAUGGUUCGAAUUUCGACCAAAAAUGCAAUCUCAAAAUAUAUUAUUACAUCCAGAAAUUCAAACUGAAUUACGUAGAACUUUGUCUCGUUCUGAAAGUGAAUUGAAGAAAUAUAGAAAAGGAACGACUACCACAAAACCAAUAGUUCCAACCAGGCCGCCACCAUCACCAGCUUUUCAACCAGUGGCUCAAAGUGAUAAAUGGAAAUACGAGAAAAUCUACGAGUCAUCUAAAGUAGUAAUGAUGGAAGGUUUUAACAGUCCAUUUCAGAAAAACAAAAAGCGAGAUAUCUCAUUGGAUCCUUCAAGACUUUCUCUUGGUUCUGAUCUAGGUGAAGGAAAUUUUGGUUCGGUAAAGAAAGGCACUUAUGUGCUGCCGAAGGGUAACCAAAUACUGGUUGCAGUCAAAACUUUGAAAGAAGAAGAUAUACCUGGACAGAAGUCGGAAAUUCUAAGUGAAGCUAAUAUUAUGGCUCAUCUCGAUCAUCCAAAUAUUGUUCGACUAAUUGGCGUGACUCAGUCACCCAAUUUUAUGCUGGUCAUGGAACUCGCACCAGAGGGUCCAUUACUUGGUUAUUUGAAAAAACAUCGCUCGAUGCCCAUGCUGAAUGUGCUUAUUCUUAUGCUGCAGGUUGACGAAGGAAUGAAUUAUCUAGAAAGUCAGCAUUUUGUUCAUCGAGAUCUUGCUGCCCGAAAUAUUUUAGUGGUGUCCGAAAAUUUCGUUAAAAUAUCUGAUUUUGGUAUGAGUCGUGCAAUGGGAGCUGGGAAUGAAUAUUAUCGUGCAGAACGAACUGGAAAAUGGCCUUUAAAGUGGUACGCGCCAGAAUGUAUCUACUAUCAUAAAUUCACAAGCAAAGGAGAUGUGUGGAGUUAUGGUGUUGCAUUGUGGGAAGCCGUAUCUUAUGGCAUGAAGCCAUACCAGGGAAUGAAAGGUCCACAAAUCGUCGAAAUGUUGGAUAAUGGACAGCGCUUAUCACGUCCUGAAAGAUGUCCGGAAGAGGUUUACGCUUUGAUGAGGAAAUGCUGGGAAACUAAUCCUGACGAUCGUCCAACAUUUCACGAGAUUGGUCUAACAUUGUCUGCUUACAUCGAAAGAGAAAGAACGAAAAGGAAGUGAGAUUUGCACAAAGCACGCUUAAUUCGAUUAUAGUACUGACGCUAUCGCAUACGAGUAUUUUGAAUACUUUAUAGAACAGAAUUCUAAGCACGGGAGUAGAUGAAGUUUCACCAAUAGAUUUGCACAGUCGAGUAAGAUCUGCCACAUGUGUAAGUUUUCAUGGAGUGAUUAUGAAAACUUCUAGUGCUGUAUCUUAAGGGAAAUCUCUAUGUAUAUUGUCUCAGACUACAUAGUCGGUUAGUUGGAUAUCCCUCGACUAACAGGCAAAGCCGCGUAUGUAUAAAAUUAGGGCGAAGCUAAGUUACAGUUUUUCAUACACACUUACUCGCUUACUUAUUCACUCACUCGCUUAGUCAUACACUUACUCGCUUCAAUCGUUCACUUCACUCGUUCACUCUUAAAACACACAGCACGAUAGGUAAAGUUUCGUUAAUAGAAUUAUUUUUUUACUUUUUAGGUUAUAAAAUUUUUUAAAUGCUUAGUAUAAAAAAUGUAAAAAAUUUUUUACUGAACUAUUCUUUGGAGCUUACACGUGACACGUAAAAGUGGGUGUGGCAAGCUUGGUUAUUGUAGGCGCCGUAAUUUUUUCAGGAAAAAAUUUUUGGGCAAACUCACGAAAUAAAGUACCAUGCGAAAAUAAUCUGUUUUUGUGUAAUUCACGAAAGUUAAAACAGCUUUGUUUCAGUUUCAUCAUUUACUUUGAUUCGCAAACAAGACUUUUUCCUAUCUUAGGUAGCCACGUGCACUUUCAUUGCUGUUUUCUUGCUUUUUAAGCGUAUGUAUUAAAUUAGCUAAAAGUAUCAAUAGAAAAGAAAUUGUCUAAUUGACGAAAGAGGGAAUAUGUGUCGUCUUGCUGUACUCGUUGCGCGAAACAAAGUUGCGUCGGUUUAUUUAUAUAGUAUACAAAAAAAUAAAUAGACGUGGGACAAUAAUUGUUACAUAAUUUUUUGUGUCAUAUAUUUUUUAGUUUAGAAGUAGUUUUAAAUCCGAAUCCUUUCUCAAACCUUAGAAUAAAAGCAUUGAGAAAGCCUUGUCUUUCAUGCAAUGGUUGUGUUAACCGUUCUGUUUUGAAUUCGCCUGCUUAUAGAAACACGUCUUUAUAUCCUUUUAUAACUUUUAUAUAUUUUGCUGUACACUAUUUCGAGUGUUGUAAUUUGUAAUUAAAAUAGUAAAGAUCUAAUUAUCUCUCUCUC